AUGAGUGGCAUCAAGGAAGCCUCGUCACGACUCAGUGAGAGGUCAGAAUACUGCACCUGCGCUUGCAAUCUAGUCUCUGACCACCUCUACACGGACAGACUGGGCCCUGACCUUCUUACCAGGAAAAAGAAGGGACCUGUGACCUGCAACUCACACUACUCCACGGCGAGUGACGAAAAUGUAAUUGACAAACUCAGAAUGUCUGAAGAAUCAAGUGCGGAGAACGAUGAAUGUGAUUUAACGGACGUUAGCAGUCCGAAACUAGGCCAAUCAAGCUCCAUCGAGUCCGCCUUCGUCGAUGGACUGGAUUCGCUACACUGCUCUUUUUGCAACAAGCCCAUAUUCAUGUACAAUGGGCUCGACUAUGGAAUGUUUGACGGGUGGAUAAACGCAGUCCUGGACGCCGACCAUCCAGUGGAUGCGCAAAAUGCAGACUGCGGAACAGCGCAAUCAUGCACCGACAUUGUGGAGAUUACGUCCUCCAUACUCAUGUCAUCCGAGGACGCCAUGUUUACCAUCGUCUCAAAUGUGUCACCAGGUGAAGAUUGUACGAAUGAAAAGAACCAACUUUUCGAUAGCGUGAAGCGAUUUUUGCAGUACUGUCUGGGAGAUGACACAAUCGUUCAUCUCACCGGAUCGACUGCCUACGACAUUGACAUUGACUACAGUGACAUUGCAUCGGCGCCAUCAUACAGCGAUUUGGAUAUCGUAGUGCUAUCAAAAAGCUACGGAGGUGACCCGCGUACCAUAUUACAGAAAGUUUAUAGUGAAUUAAGCAACAUGCAGUAUGUUUUAAAGGAGAGGAACAAGUGCCCAAUCUGGGUGCUGGCAGACUCGAACAUCAAGCUGGUUGAGUCCGCCAAGGUACCAAUCGUGAUUAUAGAAACGAAAAAGGGACUAUUCUGCGACAUUUCGGUGAACACUCUCUACCCACUUUUACACACGGAGCUCUUUAAGAACUACAUUGACGAGCAUCCCAUGGUAAGACCCCUGAUGCGCAUAAUAAAGCACUGGUUAAUUCUGAGGGGUGUACCCUCAAUGAAGGAGGGAGGGUUCCCCUCAAUCUUUUGGAUGUCUCUCUUUUGCAACGCCAUUGACAUUUUUGACUCUGAGGGCGAACUUGAAUUUGAAAUGCCAAAGCAAUCUAUAAUGGUGUCCGCUAAAAACUGCGAAAUAACAUCACUAUGGACCCUUUUGCGCGAUAGACACGGAGUCAAGGGAUACACAAAAUCGGAAUGGUGCCAAGGUGGCCAGGAUUCACCGGCCUUUAGCAUUUUAUCGUCUCUGGAAAAGUGUUUUCAAAAUUUAUCAAGUGAAAUUAGCAUUGUUGAUAUCGUAAAUAGAUUUAAUUAUACAAAGUCUGGGAACAUUCCCCCAGACUAUCCCAAAAUGAGCAUGUUUUGCAAGAAUUUAAUGCGACUUAUACAAAUGGAGCCCAACCUUCCCUAUGGAACCUGGCUUGUUUACUACUAUGAACUCACCCGAGCGCGCGGCUACAUUUCCCUAUAUGCCAAGAGGAUGGAAAUGUUGAUUACACUCCUUGCAAUUGUCAAGUGUGACGCGGAGGUUGAGGAUGAAACACCCCUGGCAGAUUUGCCUUCAUUUACAAGACUGGCGAUUCUCAUCAAGGAAUCCUUUGGUUAUGACAUUGCACACCUUGCCCAGGAUGGACUUGGCGCCAAGGCGUCAUUUGACGCCUACAUUGCCAAGGCUUGCAGGGCGCUGGGACUGAGACCCCUUGGAGGGGCAUGCAUUGACAGGGUCAAGAUGCUCCUCUAUCACAUGUUCCAGCAAUUCAAAACUAUACCCAUGGAGAUUUUUGAAAAGGUUUAUGAUAACAUUUACUCUAUACCGGCUGAUGUGGAGCCUCCGGUGCCCCUGUAUUAUGACGACUUUUGUGACAUUGACAAGGGCUUUUCGGAUACUGCGUCAAUUAGCCUGCAGAGUUCGGAUGGGAGGACCUUUGACGGAACGCUGUGGGACGAUAGUGGCUGGUACAUUGUGGUUUUGCAGGGCAAGCUGACCAUUGUCAAGGUAAUUAAGGUUUGUAUAGAAUGGGAAUCAUGGUGGUCGCGAGAUUUUGUAAGUAGGAGGGACAACCGAUCGGUAUUUCAUGGCUUUGUUUAUCGCCAGCUAAAGUUGGACUAUGACGUUAAAAAGAAUUGUGCAUCUGUGGAUCGUUCUUAUCCCAGUAUUCUCAUCAAGCGGGGUAGUCUUGUCCUUUUCAACCCAUGUGACAUUGUUUCAAAGUUGCACGUACUAAAGGUUAUCAGACACGAGCAGUACAUUAGCCCUUCCCUUUAUUCUACAGAUUUCUACACUGGUAUAAAGUGCUUGUACAUUCUCCCUGGGUUCGAAGUUGACCGCUUCCAGUCGUUUGAAGAGAUUGCGUCAAGACUCAAGACACAGGUUAACGCCGAUUUUAGGAGCCAAACUCUCUUUUGUAAACUAUGUGGCAUAAUCAUCAUGAAACGAGUAAACGACUUUACGGAUUUUAAAAUCACGCAGCGUAAACUUCGCAAUGCCAAGCACACUCUCUGUAACCAAAAGUAUAUGAGCAUUUACAAGCAUAUGGAACUAUUUUACAAGAAUGUAAAGCAACAACAAAUCAUCUACGAAACCGACUCCCCCAACACAUUUUCUCAAGCUUGUUGA